CUCGAUUGCUACGAUUUUAGUUCAUUUUACGCCGUGAAGUAGAAUAGUUCGCAAUGAGUUUGGCCGGAAAAGUUGUAAUAGUAACGGGAGCAAGUUCAGGUAUUGGUGCUACCACAGCCGAAGCAUUCGCCAAACACGGAGCCAAAGUGGUGUUGGUAGGACGAAAUGAAACUAAUUUGAAAGCCGCUGAGGCAGCCUGUAAAGCAGCCAACAACAAAGUCCAACUAUUGUCUAUCAUUGCUGAUGUAACGGUAGAUGCGGAGCGCAUUAUAAAAACAACUAUAGAUAAAUUCGGUCAACUGGAUGUGUUGGUCAAUAAUGCUGGUAUAGCUGAGCCGGGGCAUAUAUUGGACAUUGACGUGGAGCAAUUCGAUAGAAUUUUGAAUACCAACUUGCGUUCAGUUUUUCUUCUCACCAAAUUCGCCGCACCUCAUCUCGUUAAAACCCAAGGCAACAUUGUAAAUGUGUCCAGUGUCGCAGGUUUGCGUUCGUUUCCGAAUUUGUCCAGCUACUGUACCUCCAAGGCAGCUCUUGAUCAGUUUACCAGAUGUAUUGCUUUGGAUUUGGCAGCGAAAAACGUACGUGUAAAUUCCGUAAAUCCUGGUGUGAUAGUGACCGAUAUUCAUAGACGUAUGGGCAUGUCGGAAGAGGAAUAUGCGAAAUAUUUGGAACAUAGCAAAGGAACGCACGCUCUAGGUCGUGUUGGCUCUACGAAGGAGGUGGCCGAUGCUAUUAUCUUUUUUGCCAGUGACACUGCCAGCUUUAUAACGGGAGCUACUUUGCCCAUCGAUGGAGGCAAACACGCAAUGUGCCCGCGUUAAUUUGUGCAUUUAUCUGUGGAAUGCUCUAUUUUCUAAUAUUACAGCAUUAUAAACGUACUAUAUUUGCGUGUAAAAAAUAUAUUAAAUUGCAUUAUGAAUUGUAAGUUUAAUUGGCUAAAAUUUUUAUGUGAUUUAUAUUUUUAUAGCCACUCACAAACUUUUGUAGCCCAAAUAUAAAAAAUAAAAUAAACAAAGAAAACGAA